AUGUCCCAAACCUAUAAUGUUCCAGUCCAACAACAAGGACAGCCCCAAUAUCAGCAGAAUCCUUAUGACCAAGGCCCACCAUCAGGACCACCUCCAGGACCUAAUGGUCAAAACUAUGAUUAUGAAUCAAUGGAAGAAGGAAAACCAAUGAAUAGUGAUAAUUUCGAUGAGGCUUUCAAAGUGACCAAACCAAAAUUCAAUGACUGGCCCUUUACUAUCUUCUUCUUAUUAGUGGUAGCUGGGUUUGUUGCCGUAGGAGGUAUCACAUUGAAUGCCUUGAGAGAAACUUUCGAUUUCCAAGGUGGAGGUAUUUAUAAUAGUGGUAAUAGUUUCGCUAUGAACACCAAUACCAUUAUUUUAUUUGCUUUCAUCAUUGUAUUGGCAUUGGUAUUGGCAGCUUGUGUAAUUAUAUUUGCUAGGUUAGCACCUAAAUUCUUCAUUACUUCAGGUUUGAUCUUAAAUGUGGUAUUUGGAAUAGCUACUGCCAUUUAUUACUUAGCUAUGAAAUAUUAUUCUGCUGGGAUUGUUUUCUUAGUAUUUACUGCCAUUACUGGGUUCAUGUAUUGGAGAGCUAGACAUAGAAUUCCUUUCAGUGCUGCAGUAUUAACCAUUGUAAUUGAUGUGAUGAAACGUUAUCCUUCAACAUUAAUUACUUCAUUCUUUGGUCUUAUCAUUGGGUCAGGAUUCUCAGUAUUAUUCUCCGUAGUCAUUGUAGGUACUUACGUUAAAUAUGAUCCUAAUUCCAAUAACGAAGGAUGUUCCGUUGGAGGAGGAAGCUGUUCUCAAGGUAAAUUGAUUGGAUUAUUAGUGUUUGUAUUCUUUGCUGGUUAUUAUAUCUCAGAAGUUAUCAGAAAUGUUAUCCAUGUCGUCAUCUCAGGAGUUUAUGGUACCUGGUACUAUUUAUCAGGGUCAGACCAAGGUGAACCCAAACAUCCAGCUUUAGGUUCAUUAAAAAGAGCUUUAACUUACUGUUUUGGAUCAAUUUGUUUCGGUUCUUUAAUCGUUUCUUUAAUCCAAUUAUUAAAAGGGUUCUUACAAAUGUUAAGACAAAAUGCUUUUGGUGAUGGUGAUUAUAUGUUAGGAUGUUUAUUCUUAGUCAUUGAAUUCAUCGUCGGUUUCAUUGAAUGGUUAGUUCAAUAUUUCAACCAUUAUGCUUAUUGUUACGUUGCGUUAUACGGUAAAUCUUAUGUUAGAUCAGCCAAAGAUACUUUUGAUUUAUUGAGAUUCAAAGGUAUGGACGCUUUAGUUAAUGAUUGUUUCAUCAGUACUUCCUUAAACUUAUACUCCAUGUUUGUUGGUUAUAUCGUUGCUUUAUUAUCCUACUUAUACUUAAGAUACACUAAACCAGGGUAUAACGAUGAUGGAUCAUUCUAUGCUCCAGUGAUUGCUUUUGCUUUCUUGAUCUCAGGUCAAAUCACUAGAAUUGCUUUGGUAGUUAUUGAUUCUGGAGUUUCUACCUUCUUUGUAGCUUUAGCUAAAGAUCCAGAAGUUUUCCAAAUGACAAACAGAGAUAAAUUCGAUGAAAUCUUUAGAAGUUAUCCUCAAGUGUUACAAAAGAUCACCUCUGAUCAUUAG